AUGGCGCCGCCGCCGCCGCCGCCGGCGGCGAAAUGCCCGACCACCGUGCUCGAUCUCGACGACGACCUCCUCCGCGAGGUGUUUCUCCGCCUCCCCGGCCUCCCAAGCCUCGUCGGGGCCGCCCUCUCCUGCCGCACCUUCCUCUCCGCGGUCCGUUCGUCCUCCGCCUUCCGCCGCAGCUUCGUCGGCCUUCACCCGUCUCCCUUCGUCGGCCUCUUCGUCCAGCGCAGAGACUUGAAGCCCGAGGCCUCCUCUUUCAAGGCCCACCACACCCGCCCGGACCCGGACUUCGAGGCCGCUACCCGCGGCGGCGAUUUCUCCCUCAGCGGCCUCCCACUCCCAGGCGCCGACGGCAGCGUACACGGCUACGAGGAGGAUGAGGGCAUCGAUGAAGAAGAUGGCAACAACCAGGAGGAGAAGUACGAGGAUGAGGAGCAUGAGGAUGAGGAGCACGAGGAGGAGCACGAGGAGGAGGAGGCCUCCCAUGUGUGGGAGAUUGAGCGAUGUUGCGACGGCUACGUGCUCGUCUACAACCAGAGGGCCAAGCAGAUAGCUGCCUACAACCCUCUCACCCGGGCAUUGCAUCUCUACCCCUCGCCACCCCGCCUCUUCUCCGAUGCCACUAACUUCGAGUUCCACAUUAUCUCCUCCCAAGAGGACCCCGGCGCACCACCCCGCGUGCUGUGUUUUGAUUUCGACUUGUUUCAGGAGAAGGCGGUCGUCCGCCUCAUCUCGUCGGACAACAGCAUCAAGUCCAAGUGCCGGAUGUUCCCUGGCACCGGGAGCGAGGUCACUGGCAAGAUGGUGAAUGGGUCUGUCUAUUGGACGCACGUGGGGAAACCCUACAUCACCGUGCUCGACACCGCGACACUGAAGUUCACUAAAAUGGAUCUACCGCCGCUCUUGGCAGACCAGGAAGGCCGUAAGUGUGCUUUUGUGUUUGGUAGUACCAAGGAUGGGAGGCCCUGUAUCGUUUCCCCAGAUUUGUGGGGUGCUUGCUCGCUUGAUGUCUUUUUCUGGAGACCCGAGGAUGAGGAUUAUGACGAUGGUUGCAAUUACUGGCUGUACCAGACAUUUCCCUUGAAAACGAUUCGCCAGUUCGUUAAGUUCUCAAAAGGAGAUGAUGGAUUUUUCAUUGUGCGGCUUAUGGAUGUUAUAGAUGGAAUCCUGUACCUGCGUACCGAGUAUGACGGGUGUACCGAGGCUCCUCAGUUGUUGCUAUCCUUUUGCCUCGAAACAGCAGAGCUGAAAAUGAUAUGUGAAGAUUAUCACAAGCCUGUCCGUCCCUACGUCAUGGCCUGGCCUCCCUCUUUGGUACAAAAUGAUGAGGGUCCCUGUUCAAAAGAUCAAGCUUUGUCUACCGCAAGCUCUGAAGGAUGUGAUGUGAAGGCUGGAGGUGGCCAAACAUUGCCUGCAUCUGUUGCGAAAGCAUAAUAGGAUUACUUGGAGACCUGGUGAGAUGGAUGGUGGUGGUGUCUUAUGCCGAUGCUGAUACAUGGUGAUUCAAGGUCUAUGUCUUGAGAGCCUGAUGGCCUUGUAUUAACUUAAUGUGCCUUUUCCGUAUGCAGUAUUCUGGAACUUUAUACCUACUUGAACCUCCUUGAACCAUUAUUCUGGUUGUCGAUUGCUUGUCACUUAAGAUGGUUAAUGAUCAGGUUAUGAACAGCAUGGUAAUUCGAA